UCUCUAGGCGUCUAGAUUCUAGAUCUAGAUAUAAUAUCAUAUAUCUAGAUCUAUUCUAGAUCUCUCAUCUAGAUCUAAGAAAAUACAGUUAUGAGUUUAGAUUAGAAUAGUAGACCUAGUAUUUAGUCCUAGAUCUGGAGUGACUCAAUUCUCCUAGAGUAUGGAAGACAUUUGUGAAAAACUUCUCAAGGAAGUGGAGAGGUCUUAUGGGGAAACUGGAAAAUUAUCUGAUGAUUUAUUAAGUGCGUUGAACUGUCUUUUUCAUGGAACACUUCUGUCUGCACUAGAAUUGGUAGACAAAUCUUCUGUAACAAAAAUGACCUCUCCUAGUGGCCGUACAGUCUUCCAGGUAAUAGGGGCAUCUGGAGCUCCUUAUUUGUGCUUGCCCAACUUAAACUAUUGUUCUUGUCCUGCUUAUAAUUUUUCUGUUUUAAAGAAAGAGGAACACUUAAUGUGCAAGCAUGUUUUAGCCAUGAGACUAUCCCAGGCUAUGAAUCGCUGUAAGAAACUAGAUGUUACCAAUGAAGAGAUAACAUCAAUGAUUCUCUCUUUAGACUAGAUUCAAGCUGUCCAUUUGUCUAGCCAACACGUUCCAUUAUGAUCUACUUUGAGUUGGAGCAUCAUUUGAUUUGUUAGAAAUCCUCACUAAUGGAUAGUCCACCUGUUCAACCAGCACCUCAAACCUGUGCCACACCUUCAAUGGCAUUUAUGUGAUCGCAACAUGAUGUGUAGCAUAUUUGCAAUUAAAUUGAAACACUGGAAUAGUAAACUUCCUUUGCUUUGAUUGACCAAAAGUCAUGUUAUUUAAACCUGAAGUAUUUUGUUGGUACCAACGUACUCAUCAUUAUUGUUGGAAUACAUUAAGAACUACAUA